CUUUUUUUAGUUUUCUUGUCCCAAAAAUCGUGGAUUUUCCAGGACACUCUCUUCAGUUUAAAAAUCCUUCACAUGCCUCUCUUUUUCUGGUUAAAAGUGAUAAAAUACCACCCAUGCAAACUCCAACCACCCUUUCUCUCAGCCGGCCGGCCUCAAAAUCUUACCCACCCUUAUAAAUCUCAACCGUUCAUUGGACUUCAUUAACCCUUUGUCAUUUUAUUCAUUACCUUCUUAUUCUCCUUCUCUUUCUCCUUCAUCUUCCUUGAGAAUGAGUGAAUUUGAAGAUCAUCAGAAAGGAAGAAAUCCUGUGGGCAAUGCCAACCGCAGGCACUAUCGAAGCCAGUCGUUCCAUGAACCUGGGGAAUAUCCACCAACGAUGCCUCUCCUGGCUUGGACGGGCAGUUCGGCGGGUCAAAUGCCAUGGACCCUGAAGAGGUCAUACACUGACAACGGUCGCCUCGUGAUCCACCGUGAGGUCAAGCACAAUCACCCUCAACGUUUUCGAGCCCAUCGGGCUGAUGGACGCUUGACCCUUUGUCUCAUGCAUGCAGAUGAGUCUAUUUCCUCACCCAGGUCCGCUUCUGAUAACCAAACUGAUGCAGUUGAGUCCAAGGAUGAAAAUGAAGAAAACGAUUUAUACAUUAGUAAAGCCUCUUUAUUUCACCCACUUUCUUCAUCUUCGUUGGCUUUUCGGGAAAGAGAAAAAUUCAAACAUAUAGGCUUGCUCCCAUUAGGACCUGAUAACCAAAAGACCCGAAAAAUGGAAGAAAGGGAAAAACCAAAGGAAAAAAUCACAAUAGCAAAAAGGAUGGAGCUAGGCCUUUUAAAAUUACCAACAUCAGCCUCUUCUUCCUCAUUGUCAUCUUUAGCUUCUUCACCGGAGAAGAACAAGGUAAGGAAAAGCUUGUUUAACCAGGGAAAUCGCAAGAAAACGCCUUAUGUCUCAAGGACUCUUUCAUUACCAUCGAUAUCAUCUUCAAUGGCUGAGUUGUUAGGAAAAGGAGGGAACGGCAUAGGGUUCUUCGCCGAUAAUAGAUCAAAUUCAAAUUCACCAUUUCAAUUGCCAAUACAAACAAUUGGAUCUGUUCGUAGCUAGAUGAGAAUUUUUUUGGGGGGCUCCUACCACAAGGCAUUGUUGCAUUUUCUUCCUAUAGUAAGAGAUUUGUAUAGCCUCUGUUGUAUUUUAGAAUAGAUUCUAAAGGAUGUUCUCAUUUGUGCCUUUCUUGUUUCUCUUUUCUCUUCUUAAAUGAUCAGUUCAACA